AUGCUGAUGUAAUAUGCAAAAGUAGGUUCUUUGUAUCAAAAACUAAUUAUGAUUGGAUUAAGUUCAAGAUUAUUUUCUUUAAUUUGUAAUGAAAUAUGCAGUAAUAUUUUAUGUUUUUUUAUAUAAUAUAUAUAUUAAUUUCUAAUAUUAGUUACAAGAAUGAUUGUACUAUCUACACUCAAAUAAUAUAAUUCAUAUAGAUCUAAAAUUAAUAUAUUGGAUUAAUUUGCAAGGUUCAAAAUUUAUUAUUAAAAAACAAUGUAAUCAAGUUAUGUGAUUUUGGAUAGGUCAGCUAAGGUUGGAUAUAAUAAAUAGAGAGAUACUCUAUGUGGAACUGUUUAUUAUAUGGCUCCUGAAAUCAAUUAUCAAAAUGAAUGGCAAUAUAAUACCUAGGUAAUCAAGGAAUGUGGUUGA